AUGCUGGAGAUACAACAAGAACUCUCGGAAACAGGAAGUUUUCAGGGAAUCGCCCAGUGUUGGAGAUGUACAGAAGCGACUUCAUACGAAGAUUGCGCCACUCACGGAAAAAUCGAAACAUGCGCUGAAGAUGCAGAAUGCUACAUCGAAGCAAGAAUCAGAUCUGCUUCUGUUCGUCGGUUUACCACCGGCUGCAAGCUGGCUAAUGCAUGCAACGAUUUGAAGAAUCAGAAUUUCCGAGGGCCGAAGGUUUGGAAUCAGUGCAAACCGGAAAAUCAUCAGGAAGAGAGCGAUGUUUUUGGAGAGUCAGUUUGUCGGCAGUGUUUUAGACCAUGUGUUCAAGAAAAAGACGCCUCAAGAUGUUUUCAAACAACAGGAGAAAAUCUCGGAAUCCCCAACUGGGACGAUUUUGGGACGACUUGGGAUGUUUUCGGCAAUACGACGCGAUGGUUUUGGACUUCAAAUUUGCCGAAACGACAGUCUGAAAAAUAA